AUGGCCACUUCAGUCACAUCCACCAAGACCCGUCCCCUGGAUAAACACACUCUAAGACACUCGCACGACCUUCCACUUCCCAAAGGCCCCGACGUUCUCGAUAUUCGCUCCUCUCAGGAAUCACUGCUACAUAACUUGGACUCCAAGAUUCUUGAAGGCCUCAGCCAACCACAAGGGUCCAAGUCCUUUCCUUCCCUGCUUUUGUGGGGAGAGAAGGGUCAAGUCUUGUACGACGAUGUUCUGGAAGCUCCGGAGUAUUACCCAUACCGAGUAGAAGAUGAACUUUUGCAGCAACGGGUCGACGACAUUGCCAGAAAAGUGGCUUCCACAGGUACCGACAUGCUCAUCGAGCUGGGAGCAGGCAACAUGACCAAGACAGCUCAAUUUCUAUCAGCUAUCGACAAUUACAUCAGCUCUCCACUCGUUUACUACGCCCUCGACGUAGACCAGGCCUUGUUGGAACGGUCUAUUGUUGCCUUGAAAAGGCGUGUCACGUUUCGACAUAUCGAAGUCCGCGCUCUCUUCGGGACUUAUGACGACGGAGCAAACUGGCUCGCCAGUCCCGAGAUUGCCGCCUAUCGGAGGACACUCAUGUUUCUCGGAAGCAGCAUCGGGAAUGACGAGCAGGAUGCUGCUGUCAGGUUCCUGAGCUCAUUUACCCAAGCUCCUGAGACAGGUGUUCCCCAGAAUGUGGCGGGCUUUCUACUGGCGGUUGAUGGAUGCCAAGAUGCGGCGAAAAUUGAGGCUGCUUACGAUGUGCCAGGCGGGUAUUCCCGCCGGUGGGUGAAACAAGCGCUGGAGUAUGCACGGGAGCUAUUGGGUGAGGGCAUCGAUAGGGCUGAGGUUGACUGUAUUUUUGAUGACAACAAUUGGAAGUUUGAGGGAAGAUGGUUACCUGAGCGUCAACGAUACCAGACAUAUCUCACCACGACGUGCUCUCUCACGGCAACAAUUAGGGGACAAACCAUCACCUUGGAGGAAGGGGAGAGAUUACCAAUCAUCAGCAGUGGCAAGUGGACAAGGGAGACGGUGGACGGGGUAUCUCUGAAGGCCGGUCUCAGCAUCGAGAAGUCUUGGAAGAAUCCUGAGUUUGAUUACAGUGAGUACUCGUUUUCAUCAAGUUCAGCCAACAUCCGUGCUAAAUGCGGAAACAGACAUUUAUUGGCUGCAGCCAAGCCUCAAGAGGGUGGACAGUGGCAUUGUCAUUAUUGA